UUACGAUUUUUUAAACAUAACUACAACGAUUAGCUAUCGAAUACAUCGGUAGAGCUACACUUCACAAAGCGAUGUAUUGAUAACGACGGUGGAUUUCGUGUUCGAGUAGUAGGAAAACGCCCAAGUGGAAGCAAUUUUAUGAACUGCGAUGGCAGCUCAGUGUUCACACAACAGGUCUUAUUGUUAUGGUUAUGCCUGAAAGCGAGUUCUCCUACCCCUUGCUUGUAAGAUUCGCUGCGAGAGAAAUCUGAGAAAGCAACACAACUCCCGAUGAUACAACCGUAUUAGCUGACAACGCAGAUGGCAAGCUGUGGUGAGGUCGACCACUCUGUAGGCAUGCUCCCCUCCGGGAGGAAGGUGGGUGGCGAGGCGUGUCAAGGUUCAGGCAGCUCCUCCCCUGCCCUGCCGGUGCCAGAGUGCGCCAUCUGCCUGCAGAGCUGCGUCCACCCCGUGCGCCUGCCCUGCAGCCACAUCUUCUGCUUCCUGUGCGUGAAGGGCGCAUCCUGGCAGAGCAAGCGCUGCGCCCUCUGCAGGCAGGAGAUCCCCGAGGACUUCCUGGAGCGGCCCACCCUGCUCUCCCCCGAGGAGCUGAAGGCAGCAGGCGCCGGACGGGGCCCCGGGGAGUACGCCUGGUACUACGAGGGCCGCAACGGCUGGUGGCAGUACGACGAGCGCACCAGCCGCGAGCUGGAGGACGCCUUCGCCAAGGGCAAGCGCAGCACCGAGAUGCUGAUCGCCGGCUUCCUGUACGUGGCCGACCUGGAGAACAUGGUGCAGUACCGGCGCAACGAGCAUGGCCGGAGGCGCCGGAUGAAGCGUGACGUCGCCGACAUCCCCAAGAAGGGCGUGGCCGGGCUGCGGCUGGACCCCGAGGCUGCCGCCGUCGCCGCCAUCGGGGCCCAGGGCGGGGCGGGGCGUGAGAGCUCCGCCGACGGGGCGGACACCACCCCGCAGGCUGCCGGCCCCACCCAGGCCGCCGCACCCCCCGUCCGGCCCCCCACCUCCCUCGGGGGGCAGCCCACCAGCCCCCCCACCUCCCUCGGAGGGCAGCCCACCAGCCCCUCCACCCCCUCGCCCGACGCCGGCACCUCCCUGGAGAGCUCUCUGGCCCGGCUGCAGAUCAGCCACCCGGCCGGGCGGGGCCGGGGCAGAAGCGGAGAGGACGAGGAGGAGGGAGAGGCCACGCGCUCGCGAGGCUCCUCCGCCCCGAACACCUCCGUGGACGAGUCGGAGUCCGGGAGCAGCAGCCUAGAGGAGGAAGAGGAGGAGGUGGAGGAAGAGGAGGACGAGCAAGUGGAGAUUGACGAGGAAGAUGAGAUUGACGAGGAGGCGGAGAUCCAGGCUGAGGGAGCGCAGGUCAGGCAGAGACUGCUGCGGAGAGAGCGGAUGCGGUUCAGGGAGGGCAGCUUGGACAGGUCGCCCCCUGGUGGCAAGACCUCCAGUGGCAGCAGCAGCAGUGUGAGGUCAAGACGGCCGGACGGGCAGUGUACAGUGACUGAAGUGUGACCUCUGACCCAGGGUCAAACUCCGCUCUCUUC